CUAUAAAUAAACGGCGGGCGCUCUCUCUCCCCAGAGUGAAACGAAGCACCCCCGUGCGCUGCGCCACAGGAGAUCGAUCUCCCUCUCCUAUCCUUCCGCCUCAGGGUCGUCUUCGUCGUCCCUUCGUCCCUCCCUCCCUCACCGACCGACCGACACAGCAGAGAAUGGGGAGCAGCGAGAAGUCCGUUACCGCUUAUGGCGAGUACACCUAUGCUGAGCUGGAGAGGGAGCCCUACUGGCCGAGUGAGAAGCUGAGGAUAUCAAUUACUGGAGCUGGUGGUUUCAUUGGAUCCCACAUUGCUCGCCGUCUGAAGAGCGAGGGGCAUUACAUCAUCGCCUCUGACUGGAAGAAGAAUGAGCACAUGACCGAGGACAUGUUCUGCCAUGAGUUCCACCUUGCUGACCUCAGGGUGAUGGACAACUGCCUCAAGGUCACCAGUGGCGUCGACCAUGUCUUCAAUCUUGCUGCUGAUAUGGGUGGCAUGGGGUUCAUUCAGUCAAACCACUCUGUGAUCAUGUACAACAACACCAUGAUCAGUUUCAACAUGCUUGAGGCUGCACGUAUCAGCGGUGUGAAGAGGUUCUUCUAUGCCUCGAGUGCGUGCAUUUACCCUGAAUUCAAGCAGCUUGAAACAAAUGUGAGCUUGAAGGAAGCUGAUGCCUGGCCUGCUGAGCCUCAAGAUGCCUAUGGCUUGGAGAAGCUUGCAACCGAGGAGCUGUGCAAACACUACACCAAGGACUUUGGCAUUGAGUGCCGCAUUGGCCGUUUCCACAACAUCUAUGGCCCCUUUGGGACAUGGAAAGGUGGUCGUGAGAAGGCACCAGCUGCCUUUUGCAGAAAGGCUCAGACUUCCACCGAGAGGUUUGAGAUGUGGGGUGAUGGUCUGCAGACCCGAUCCUUCACUUUUAUCGACGAGUGUGUUGAGGGUGUUCUGAGAUUGACAAAGUCAGACUUCCGCGAGCCGGUGAACAUUGGAAGCGAUGAAAUGGUUAGCAUGAAUGAGAUGGCUGAAAUUGUUCUCAGCUUUGAGGAUAGGAAGCUGCCCAUCCACCACAUCCCUGGUCCAGAAGGUGUCCGUGGGCGCAACUCUGACAACACCCUUAUCAAGGAGAAGCUUGGCUGGGCCCCGACAAUGAAGCUCAAGGACGGGCUGAGGUUCACCUACUUCUGGAUCAAGGAGCAGAUCGAGAAGGAGAAGACCCAGGGGGUCAACAUCGCCGCUUACGGUUCCUCCAAGGUGGUGUCCACCCAGGCACCGGUGCAGCUGGGCUCCCUCCGCGCCGCUGACGGCAAUGAGGGGCUUUGAUUGAGUCGAUGAUCAGAGCCGGCUUCAUUCCAGUGCUGCUCAUGGGACCGCUGUUGAAGAGUUUGGACGGUAGAAUAUACUAGGAGCAAGCUGUUUGGCCCCCGUUGGGUUUUAGCAGAUGAUUAUGCUUCAUCAACCACAGCAUUAAUAUUUUUUUGUGUGUCAUCGGGUUAUUUAUUAUAUCGGUACAUUUGCGUGUACUCCUUUUGAUUACGAUGGACAAUAAAAUUAUUCCCUGCUAUAAUCCGGCACUA